UCUUUCUCAUUGGAUGGCGGCACGGCUCGGUCAGACAGGAGGGGGUGGGGGUUUGGCUUUUCUUCUCCCUAAAGACAGUAUUAAAGCAUCAUUCCUGCAUCACUGUGGAGGAGACAGAGAGACGCACGUCUUCAUCUGCUGAGUGCAGGAGGAGAGCGGACGGGCUGCGAGAUGUACGGCAGGCAGAUGGAGUCUGCCGCUGGAAUCGAGGAGCUGACGGAUGAGGAGAAGGAAAUUAUCAACAGUGUGCUGGCGAGAGCCAAGAUGAUGGAAGCCAUGGAGCAAGAGAGGAUUGGACGUCUGGUAAAUCACCUGGACAGCAUGAAGCAGACGGCCUGCGGUGAUGGCUACUCACGUUGUUUACUCUGCGGACAACAGUUCGGCCUGGCGGGCGUCAGCGCGGUUGUGUGCGCCGAGUGUAAAAAGAACAUGUGCACUAAGUGUGGCGUUCAAAGCGUCAGUCAUUCCAGUCCAAUAUGGCUGUGCAAAAUCUGCAGUGAGCACAAAGAGAUGCUGAAGCGGUCUGGUGCCUGGUUUUUCAAAGGUUUACCACAACAGAGUUUACCCGCUCCUUUACCGAUCUCUAAUAAUAGAGAGCUCAGAACCUCCAGCGCUCCAACUUCUACAAAUACAUCAACCGAUCGAGAGACUUCAGUAUCGUCACGGCCAAAAAACGGAGAGAGCAUGCAGGUCACCGGCAGAGAGCAGCAGAUAUCUGCAGAAACGAUGCCCCCUAAACAGGACGAAUAUUAUGUCAUAUCCCAAAGAGCCCUAGAAGAAGACAGAGGUAGACAGUAUAUGACCAGGAGCACAGUUCAGUCCAGACAAACUUACUCACCUGUGGUGAAGAGAGAAGAACCGGCAAUGAGCUCCAAACCUCCAGCGUCGACCCUUUCCAUGACUCCCAUACAAAAAGAUCCUAUGAGUCGAUCGGAGGCCAGGGCACCACCUGCUAUGCAGAACGUCACACGUUUGCCAGCUGCCAACAGCGUUCCCGCUUCACGCCAGCCACCACCCCCCACCGCAGAGGAUGAAGAGGACGCCAACAGCUAUGACUCUGACGAUGCCACCACUCUAGGCAUGUUGGAGUUCAGUCUGCUCUACGAGGAGGAGAAAAAUGAACUGCACUGCAAUAUAAUCAAAGCAAAGGGUCUCAAGCCCAUGGACUCCAAUGGUCUGGCUGAUCCUUAUGUGAAACUGCACUUGCUUCCAGGAGCCAGUAAGUCUAACAAGCUAAGAACAAAGACGAUUCGUACCACGUUGAACCCUGUGUGGAACGAGACUCUUGUUUAUCAUGGCAUCACUAAUGAAGACAUGCAGAAAAAGACUCUCAGGCUUUCGGUCAGUGAUGAGGACAAGUUCGGCCAUAAUGAGUUUAUCGGAGAGACGCGGGUGGUCUUGAAAAAACUGAAGCUGAACCAGAAGAAGACCUACAAUGUGUGUCUUGAGAGAGUGAUUCCGGUGAGAUGUACUGCUGGCGCAGGUGCAUCUCGUGGCAUGGCGCUCUAUGAGGAGGAGUUGAAGGACGACGAAGAGGGAGAGGAGAGGGGACGUAUCCUGAUUUCUCUCACCUACAACAGCCAGCAGAGUCAUCUGAUUGUGGGUGUAGUUCGAUGUGCUCAUCUGGCAGCAAUGGACUCGAAUGGCUAUUCGGACCCCUUUGUAAAGAUUCACUUGAAGCCUGACAUGGGAAAGAAAGCAAAGUAUAAAACUCAGAUCAAGAAGAAGACACUUAACCCUGAGUUUAAUGAGGAGUUCAGCUAUGAAGUCAAGCUUGCUGAACUGGCAAAGAAGACUUUGGACAUCUCUGUCUGGGAUUAUGACAUGGGAAAAUCUAAUGAUUUCAUAGGUGGCUGCCAGCUUGGUAUCACCGCUAAGGGCGAAUGUCUGAAGCACUGGUAUGAAUGUCUGAAGAACAAGGACAAGAAGAUUGAACGCUGGCAUGUUCUGUUGAAUCAAAACAACAUUGAGGCUGAUGACUGAGGUGUCGUAUCUCCACAGAUGACAGUAUAUGGUUCCAUCUUCCAAACGAAGUAAUCUCGCUUCCAAGCUCGAACCGCUGACAAUGUUUACUUUUCAUUCAGAAAAAAGCCUUUGUCUUUGCUUCUCCUGAAACUCUGUGAUGAGCUAUAGUAGUCCAACUGAGAAAAAACCCAGUUACUUUUUGUUCGUUUUUUUGGUGGGAAAAAGACAGUGUGUGAUAUUUUUUUUCACUCAGUAAAUGCCUUAAAGAACAAAACCUCAUGAAUACAGAUGUGACGCAAAUAUGUUAGUCAUGAAACCCCACAACCAAAUCCAUUCAAGGACACUAAGAAAAAAUGGACUAGUUCUUUAAGUAAAAUAGCAUGUGAAAUGCUAUUGUAAACACUAUUGUUUGGCAUUAGAAAUAUACGCUGUCCUUGCAUAUGUCUUUUAUUGAUUUAUGUUUAUGUUUCAAUCAGUAUGUCACAGUUGAGAAAGACUGUGUAAAACAAAUUGUGACUAUACAGUUUAGAAAAGUAUUAGAGCUGUAUCCAGUAAAUGACAGGUUAUACAAGUUCAAUAUUUCAUAUGGAAAUGUCCUGUUGUUAUGUGCAUGGAAUGCAUGGAUGUGUUCCCUAAUUAUAUGUUAUUAUCAUUGUGUUGAUUGAAUUUAUUUCUGUAACAUGUUUACAUUUAUGAAAAUGGUGUUGUUAACUCACAGUACCCAAUAAAGUGUUCUCAGCUAUUGCCUAUGAA